AUGGACAACCAUCUGCGCUCAUCCGCAACAACCACUGCUGUUGCGACUGUUCCUAGCAACAACCUCCCCAGCAUCAACGAAGACCAAACUCCCGAGGCUGACGACAGAAGUCAAAAACUUCAUCCGCCACAGCCCCUGCCGCUGCCGCAAGUCCAUCAACCAUUGCCGCCCAAGAUCGGCGCGGCUCCCACCGUUACUCUCGAGGCUAUUUCUGCCGAGGACCUCAGCGACGAUCAACUUGAUCCCCUCAGCCAUGCCCUCGGCACUCCGACACCCCUCGCAACCAUCAUCCUCCCCAACUUGCCGCGGCCAGACGGUCCUCCCCGUCGACAGAGCCUCAUACCCAACCGCCAAACGACGCUAAUCCGCAAUUUGCUCGACGCACGAGCAGACCACGAAGUCGAUUCAGCCGCCACCGAUUCGCUGCUCCCAAACAUCGCAAACAUGGUCACCCGCAAGGUAUGGGUUAGGCGCCCCGGUGCCUCUCCCACCCUCAUCACUAUUAAUGAGGACGACCUGGUCGAUGAUGUGCGCGACAUGAUUUUGAGAAAAUACGCCAACUCCCUGGGCAGACACUUCGACUCUCCCGACCUCACUCUGCGGAUAUGUCCGCGCGAACAAAGGCAAGAUCGUCUUUUAGGCCCGGAAGAGCCCAUGGGUCGCACUCUCGAUGCGUACUUUCCUGGCGGCCAGAAUGUUGACGAGGCCUUGGUCAUCGAUAUUCCCAGUCGCCGCACGCCAAGGCCAUCACCGCGCGCCCCGACGCAUGCUACUACUAUCUACUAUAACGAUGAUGGCAGGCCCUCCGAGGCUGGCGAAGGAUAUUUCCCUCCAGUAGCGGGAGCGGCGCCUCUUCCCUCGCCAAACCUGCCUGUUCCUGUUGUCGCUCCCGUCACCGUCCCGGCGACGCAUCCUGCCCAUCCCGCUCACCCCGUCCACGCCCAUACCACGCAUGCGCAACAUUCCAUCGCGAUCCUUGGGACGGGCCAAAUACCGCCGAUACCCUCCCCGGGGGCACAAGAUCCCGUGCAUACCGAGAACGUCCUGAACGUCCCCGCCUCGGCCAAUGCCCAGUCCAUGGCGGCGGCCGCAGCCGCAGCCGCAGCCGCUCACCCUGCCCAUUCGUUUCACCCACGGUUACCACCAUCAAGAACACACUCGAAUACGUCGGAGCAAUCUAACGUCCCCCCGGUUGCUCCGCCGCUCCCAACACCUCCCGCUCCUGAGGUCCAGCCGGCUAGAGUCGCGACUCCCCCACCAAGGAUUGCCUCUCCCCGCCCAGCAAGUUCUCGACCUAAGAAGACCAAGAAGAACGUUGACCAUCCGACUCUACCGGCUGGCAUAUUGAACGGUGGAGUGCCGCCCAUCAACGUACUGAUCGUAGAAGACAACCCAAUCAACCUCAAGCUCCUUGAGGCUUUCGUCAAGCGUCUGAAGGUGAGAUGGAAGACGGCAGUCAACGGUCGCGAUGCCGUCACCAUGUGGAGGACGGGCGGGUUCCAUCUUGUCUUGAUGGACAUUCAGCUUCCCAUCAUGAGUGGAUUGGAGGCCACUAGGGAGAUCCGAAGGUUGGAGAGAGUCAACUCAAUUGGUGUCUUCUCUUCGUCUGCGUCCAGCGUGCCCGAGGCCCCUAACGGCGAGCCUGAGGAGAAGGACAAGUUAACAAACAUGGAGUUGUUCAAGAGCCCAGUCAUCAUAGUAGCCCUGACUGCCAGCUCUCUCCAAAGUGACAGACACGAGGCGCUGGCCGCAGGCUGCAACGACUUCCUUACAAAGCCUGUCAACUUUGUUUGGCUGGAGAGGAAAGUCAUGGAAUGGGGUUGCAUGCAGGCCCUGAUUGACUUUGACGGCUGGAGGAGAUGGAAGGAUUUCUCCCAGCAAAACGACGAAGCCGAGGCAAAGAAAUCCGCGGCUCUUAAGACGAAAGCAAAGAAAAACCGACUGUCGAUGACAUCUGUUCCAGCAUGA